AUUACAAUUUUAAUAAGACAUGUAAUUAAAACUAUAGCGUAAAGAAUGUAUUGCUUCAAUCAAAUUGCAUUUUGGAGGCCUUUGGAAACGCAAAGACCAAUAGAAAUGAUAACUCGAGUCGUUUCGGUAAAUAUAUGGACAUUAACUUUGACUUUAAAGGCGACCCAUUGGGUGGACACGUCUCUAAUUAUUUACUUGAAAAGUCCCGAGUUAUAGGACAACAAACAGGCGAAAGAAAUUUCCACUCAUUUUACCAGUUAUUAAACGGCUCUCCAGAGGGGUUGUUGAAUAAGUUGGGACUUAAACGAGAUCCGAGUCAUUACUAUUACCUCAAACAGGGCGGAAGUUUUAAAGUCGAUUCGAUUAAUGAUAAAACCGAUUAUAAAGGAGUGGAGAAUGCGAUGAGAGUAUUGAAUUUCAAUGAAAGCCAAUCCGAGUCACUUUGGAAGACAAUCGCAUCUAUUCUUCAUUUAGGAAACGUUGACUUCAAACGCGACGACAAUAAUGAAGAUAUCAUUAAAAUAUCGGAUUCGAGCAAAAAAGAGAUUAAUUUAAUCGCAAAACUAUUAUCAGUGAGUGAAACAGAUUUGGUGAAGACUUUGUGCCAUAGAGUGAUAGCCGCCGGCGGAGAAGUCAUGUCCAAACAGCACACACAGAAUGAGGCCCUCUAUGGUAGAGAUUCAUUCGCAAAAGCCAUUUACGAUCGACUCUUCAGUCAUAUCGUUGAACAAAUCAAUGGUGCCAUCGAUAUGACCAAAGAGGCCAAUAGACGAAGCAUUUCUUCUGGAAAGAAAGGGGCAGUCAUUGGAGUUCUCGAUAUCUAUGGCUUUGAAAUCUUUGACAACAAUAGCUUUGAACAGUUUUGCAUCAAUUAUUGCAACGAAAAACUUCAGCAAUUGUUUAUAGAACUGGUCCUCAAACAGGAACAGGAAGAAUACCAGAGGGAAGGCAUUGAAUGGCAACACAUCGACUACUUUAAUAAUGCAAUCAUUUGUAAUUUGGUUGAAGAGAGUCAUAAGGGAAUGCUUGCGAUCGUAGACGAGGCGUGUCUUAAUGUCGGCAAAAUCACCGACGAAUUACUGCUCGAAAAUAUGGACAAAAAACUUGCAAAACAUAAACACUACACAAGUCGUAGAGUGAAUCCAUCGGACAAGACUCUCACCCAUCACAGGGACUUCCGGGUCAAACACUAUGCCGGAGACGUUAAUUAUUCUAUCAUUGGAUUCAUUGAUAAGAAUAAGGAUUCACUCUUUCAAGACUUCAAACGACUUCUAUUUAACAGCUCUGAUAAAGUGGUUAAAGACUUAUUCCCUGAGGGGUCACAACAGUUGACAGCAGUGAACAAAAGGCCGGUCACCGCUGGCUCUAUGUUUAAGACAUCAAUGAUAGCAUUGGUGAAGAAUUUGAUGUCAAAAGAGCCGUAUUAUGUGAGAUGUAUUAAACCGAAUGAACAAAAGUCUCCGGUUAUGUUUGACGAGGAAAGGGUUCGACAUCAGGUCGCAUACCUCGGCCUUCUCGAGAACGUGAGGGUCAGGAGAGCCGGCUUUGCCUAUAGGAUGGCGUACGAGAGGUUCUUAAGGCGGUAUAAGAUGUUGUCGGCGCGCACGUGGCCUAACUAUAGGAAUGGCACCGAUAGGGACGGCUGCAAAGUAUUGAUCGACGAGAACCGGUUCACCAAUGAUGUCAAAUACGGGAAAACUAAAAUAUUUGUGCGAUCGCCGCAAACAAUCGCCUCUUUGGAGACCGAAAGAACAAAACUGUUGCAAAAUAUAGUGAUAUUCCUGCAAAAGCUAUGGAGGGGUGCAUUGGCUCGACAACGGUAUAAGAAAAUGAAGGCACUGAUGGUUAUAAUGGCUUACUAUAGACGUUAUAAAGUGAACAAAUAUGUCGUCCAAAUCUGUCAUCUCUAUAAGAAUGUGAGGAAUUUAAGAGAUUACGGAAAGUCGCUGCCGUGGCCGACACCCCCCGCGUACCUCAGAAACAAUCCCGGAAUCAGUCAAAUGAGAGGCAUUUACCUUAAAUGGAGAGCAUAUAUGGUAUUAAAGAAGUUCCCGCGAGAGGAAUGGCCACAAAUGCAGCUCAAGAUAAUAGCGGCGGAAGCGUUCAAAGGGAAACGAAGGGAUUGGGGUUUUGCCGGCAAAUGGGAGGGAAAUUAUUUGGAUAAAGCAGCCGAGAGCUACGAUUACGGCAAGUUCUCGUCCGCCUUCACUAAACUAACUCUCGGAGAUUCAAUCGGUUGUCGGAAAGUAUUGUUUUCCGCGUAUAUCCGAAAGAUAAACCGAUUCAAUAAGAGUGCCGACAGAGCGGUUGUCAUCACAAAUAAUUACAUUCAUAAGUUUGAUAUUAAAAAGACGGCUCCAAUGUCUAAACCGACGCCUAUAGAUGCGAUCACCGGCAUUAGUGUGUCUUCCGGUUUGGAUCAACUCGUUGUCAUUCAUUUAAGAGAAGGCAAUGAUAUUGUCUUCUCAUUGAUUAAUCUGAAAGACAAUCAAAACUCAAACAUCAAUCGAGUGGGAGAACUGGUGGCCGUUAUUCUGCAUCAAUACUACUUAAUUCAUAAACGAGAAUUACAAGUAAGAGUGGGAACACCGGUUCACUGCAAACUUGGGAAAAAGGAUAAAAUAGUCAACAUUGACUCCAAUGCCAAUCAACCGACAGUAAUGUUCAAAAAGAUUUCAAACGAUUCACUGUCUCUUCUGUGGCCAAAUAUUAUGAAUGGAAACAACCAUUGAUUCAGUCAUUCAUUCAAAUACUAUUUUUUAAGAAUAUUUAACAAUUGUUCGGAUGUUUUCUAUUAUACAGAC